AUGAGAAAAACCAAACUAUGGAGAAGUGCUUUUUUAGGUUCUUUUACUAUAAUUUUGUCAAUAUAUAUCCUUGCGUUAGCGGCCAGAGACUCCAGUCUUGGCACUCGACAAGAAAGCUUCAUCACCGCUGUUAAGAAAGUUACAGGAUCAAAUGUCAUUAGGCUAGCGAACAGCAUCCAGCUACGAGACUUUUUUCGGGCUUGGCAACUUGAUGAAUGUGAUGCACUUCGUGCGGGCCCUCUCAACGACGAUUUGACUUGGAAAGAAGUGUCCGCGACACGAGCGAUUGUUCGCGGUCCCAGCAGAAAUUCCAAGAAUUUCGAUUUGUACAAAUUUGAUCCCAGGUUCACUAUUGCUACCUAUUAUAGGUACCUGCGAGAUUCACCAGACGUACAGAAAGUUCCUUUCAACUGGUACGAUUGGAAAGAUCUCGGCUCAAAGCUGAAUAAACUGACGUAUCCAAAUGGCCCUCUAUGUGACGACAUCUACACGGAAAUUGGUCUUGAACAACCUGACGGAAAUCGCAAAGGACUACCUGAGAUCUCAAUAGAAAAGGGCUCCAAAUCAAAUUUCUGCACACCAAAUCUAAACUCCCCAGUGCAGUUUCGAGUCAGAAGACUACAAGAUAGAUGCGAGGCGGAAGCGCUGGCGCUACAAGCAGCAUCAUUUUUGUUCCAUGAUGGAUUGAGACCUGCAAAUCUGAUAUUCUUGAAUGGUAACGGUCGAUCAAAAAUAGUGGGCACCACAUUCACAGAUAAUAAUCAAUCUCUGAUUAAUAGUACAUUGGUGGAGUCGUUUUUGAAAGACGGUUCUGUUGCAGGGCGAGACCCAGAUGAACCCUUCACGGAGAAGAGCCCUAGCGUGAUUUUUGAUCCCACUGCUGAAUACAGUAAACUCUUCCGUUCAAAUGAAACGGCCAUCAAAAAACCCUUAAGCUACCUGUCCGCAGUUGGACCCGAUAGAUUCGAGUUUCGUCUACAGGAAGAAUUGAACGCACUUCGAGUUAAGAGCAUUUUGACCAUAAGUGAACAGAAUUUUGUGAACAAUUUGAUGUACGUGCAGGAACAUUUGAAAGUAGGCGCGCCUGAAUUUAAAUAUUUUCAUGAAGCUUCCGAUAUCACAAGCGAUGGCAAUAAGUAUCAGACUUUCAUGGAUAGUCGUUUUUUCUCGGGUCUUAUAGGCGACCACUGGCAACGUCAGCGAAUUUUCAACGCCCUCACGCGAGCCUGGCUUCAUUUCGUAGAGUCGGAAAACCUCGCUUCCUGGCUUGCUCAUGAGUCCUUGCACGGAUACCUCUUCACUGGCUCGCGUUUUCCUUGGAGUCCCUCGACCAGUUUUCAAAUGCCCUUGCAUGAUCUCGGUCUUUUGGCUAAGAAUUUUAAUCAAAGCCUUGUAAUUGCACCUGCUAAUGAGGGAAAUGGCAGAUACUUUGUUGACGUCCAGCCGUUCAUUGCGUCCCGAAAUAGUGCUGACGGUGUUAACAAUGUUGACGCCAGGUUUAUUGACAUUGAUAGCGGUUUCUACAUCGAUAUUUUUGGGCUUGGAUACUCAUCGCAUCCUUUAGACGCUCUGAGAUUUCAAAACAAAUACGGAACUGAUCAUGGUGACCGUCCAAAUACGGAAGAUUUUAAGCGGGAACACGGUAUUUUAUCUGAAAGGAACGGAAGAGGGCUUUUAUUGGCCGAAAUUUCUCCGCUACGUCUCUCUAGGUAUCAUGGCUUGCCAGUAAGAGUACCAUUGUCCACCUUAACAGUCCUCAAAGACGAAUACCACGUUUCCUCUUCUUUUUAUGGAGCUAAGGUUCAGAUAAAUAAGCACCGGCUGGUCCCGAGUCUCGGUGUCUGGGUCGCAAACUCGAAGUUAGACUCCUGGCUCGGACCGCGGCGGGCUUCCAAAGCCCAUGAGCUGACAAUAAAGGAUGUGCAAUCAAUGCUUAUCGUGGUAACAAGCCAGGAAAGCCAUCAAGAUCUAGUCCAGUGGAUCAGAUCUCAGGAACAGUUCACGUUUCGCCUUGAAGAACUUUCACUUGAAUCCUCCAAGCUCAAGCGCGAUGAGAAGAUGGCUGCUCUUGAAUCCUUGCAAUCUGCCCAGUUCGAGCUUGCAUCUUCAUUUUCGGAUCCCUUCGUCGGUGAGAUGCGGGUAAAAAGGUUUACUGAGCUAGUGAGUCUCAUGGACCAUGCUGUUGGAACCAGUAUGUUUUCGAAAAGGGUCUUAAGUGACAUUAUGUGCGAGCUUUCUGACACUUUCAUUUCCCGGAAAAGAAAGCAGCGGGAGCAACAUGUCGAAAUAGGCCGGGCAGCCCCGGAUGAUACUGCUAACACUCAAUCUACGCGCUUAUUUUAUAUGAGAGAGGAUGCCAGAGAGCGUCCCGCAAGAGAGCCUUUGAUUUUCAAGGUGGAUUUCACGGUAUGA